CCGSUUCGCGAGACAUGGAGCCGCCCGCAGCCGCCCUGGACAGCACUCCGGACCCCGCUAUCGUGCAGCCCCCCGGGACCAGCCCGCCCCAGCCCUCCCGGGAGCGGGAACAGCAGCAGCAGCAGCUGCGAAUCGACGACAGCGGGCAGUUCAGCGAAGGGCUGGAGGACAGAGGUUUACUAGAAAGCAGUACAAGGCUAAAACCUCAUGAAGCUCAAAGCUACAGAAAGAAGGCGUUGUGGGUUUCCUGGGUCUCCAUUAUUGUCACACUGGCUCUUGCAGUGGCUGCUUUCACUGUCUCCGUAAUGAGAUACAGUGCAUCAUCAUUUGGAUUUGCUUUCGAUGCUACGCUGGACGUUUUGUCAUCAGUGAUYGUCCUGUGGCGUUACAGCAACGCGGCAGCUGUGCAUUCUGCACACAGGGAGUACAUAGCUUGUGUGAUCUUGGGUGUCAUAUUCCUGCUGUCAUCUAUAUGUAUUGUGAUCAAAGCCAUCCAUGAUCUUGCAAAGAAGGUGCUUCCAGAAGUGGAUGAUUUUCUUUAUAGUGUCUCCGUUUUAAGUGGAAUCCUUUGCACUGUCUUGGCAGUGAUCAAGUUUAUGCUGGGAAAGGUCCUUACAAGCAGAGCACUGAUAACUGAUGGUUUCAACUCUCUUGUAGGUGGAAUAAUGGGAUUUUCCAUCCUUCUUAGUGCAGAAGUUUUUAAGCACAAUUCUUCUGUCUGGUUUCUGGAUGGCAGUAUAGGAGUAUUAAUCGGACUCACAAUAUUUGCCUAUGGAAUCAAGUUGCUUAUUGAUAUGGUGCCCCGCGUAAGGCAAACACGCCACUAUGAAAUGUUUGAAUGAAGAUCACAGCCUCGUCUCUGUAAGGACUGUGAAACUACAGCACCAUACAUUUUGGCAAGUGGUGCCAAUGGUAUUUUACUAAAUAUGCAGUUUCCCGUGGUCUGUUUUUGUUAAAGUUUGUUUUAAUGGGAGAUCUCUCUGUAAAACUGGCAUAUGUGCACACUGCUUGCAAUUCAGCAAAACAGCAGCCUUUUUUCCAAGUAUGCUAUUGAUUCCUGUGGCAGUAGAGAACAUGCAGUCUGCAGUUUUAAGCCAGCAGCCAUGCCGUGUGCUCCCGAGUGCAAGUGUUCUUCAUGGUGUGAUAAGCGUGUGGGUAAAGAAGUGCAAGUUUCAGAUCUUUUUUUUYCCCUAGCCUGUAUUUUUUAAACACAUGCUGUAGCAGAAGUACAGUCCUUGCUCAUCUCUUUGGCUAACAGUCUCCUAUAUAGAGUAUGCCAGAGUAUCCUAUAGAGACACCACAAGCAGUGUGGCUUAAAGCACUGAACUAGCUACUUCUCUCCCCCUUUUAAACAGACCUACAGAAUAAGCACUAAAGACUUUUUUUGUGAUGAGAGAGACAAUUCAUUUAAAUCCUAAAUUACCUGACACCAUUCCUCUUUAAUUGAAAUCCUGUUUUUCUUUCCUUACAAGACACUGUUCAUUGCUUUGCAUGGACCAAAAAAGCACACACAGUGCUCCUGUACAGACCAAAGCCAAAAAGACGUGCAAGGAAGAGGAGCUGCUCGAGGCGGAUUCCCAUCCUCUGUUACACUAGGCACAGCUGUAUCGGCGUGCGUGACUUUGUGGUUGCUCUGUAGUMUGAUGAUGGCACAGCAGUGGCUCAACCUGGUGGUGAGAUAUAGGUCUAUUUAUUAGAUUUAGAUUGUUCUAUAUAAUGUUGCUCACCUUCCAUCACACAUCGUAUGUAUUACUUAGUGCA